GGAAGAGCGGAUAUAGUGAAUGUUGGGUCCGGGGAGAGCGGAUAUAGUGAAUGCGGGGUCCGGGGAGAGCGGAUAUAGUGAAUGCGGGGUCCGGGGAGAGCGGAUAUAGUGAAUGCGGGGUCCUGGGAGACCGGAUAUAGUGAAUGCGGGGUCCGGGGAGAGCGGAUAUAGUGAAUGCAGGGUCCGGGGGGAGCAGAUAUAGUGAAUGCGGGGUCCCGGGAGAGCGAUAUAGUGAAUGCGGGUCUGGGGGGAGCGGAUAUAGUGAAUGCGGGGUCCGGGGAGAGCGGAUAUAGUGAAUGCGGGGUCCCGGGAGAGCGGAUAUAGUGAAUGCGGGGUCCGGGGAGAUCAGAUAUAGUGAAU